AUGCAAUCUCCAAAUGAUAUAAUAUCACUUCAACAACAACCUUAUGUAUACUCUUGGACUUUACGCGGUUUUCAUGAUUUAGUUAGAUUAAUGACUACCGGUAGUUAUCUGUACAGUGAAAGAUUUAGAUCCCCGAGAGGUCUAUUCGAUGCAAAUCUACUUUGCUCUCCUAACGCUUGGGCUAACGAUCUCGGCUUAUGUCACUCACAAUCAACAACAACGGCAUUAUUACCGCAGGCAACAAUCCCCUUUUCACCAUUUCCACCACCAGGUAAUACAAAUGGUAUUAGCAGUAUUGGAAAUCGCAAGCCUGGAGUCGUUAAUUCUACAAAUGAAGACCCUUCCUACUUAUGGCGUCUGAGAAUCUAUCCCAACGGUGCAACCAAAAAACAUAAUCGUCACUUGUCAAUCUAUCUGGAGACAAUUCAGUCACCAUACGAAAAACAAAAUUAUAUAAUGAAACGUAGUGUACAAUUUAAAUUUUCUAUAUGGCGUCUUAUCAAAAAUUCACAAUCCUCAACAAAUCCUAUCAAUACCACAUCUUCAUCAACUCCAUCACUAUUAAAUAAUAAAUUUUAUGGUUCAUCAACUUUUUCUAGAAACCAUAAUCAUCCGCUAAACCAUGAUUCGUCAAAAGAAUUCCCGGUAUUAGUUUAUGAAAGUUCAUUUCAGAAAUGGGAGUUUGAAUUUCACGGUUCAAAUUCUACUUAUGGCUUCCCUACUCUGGGCACUUUUUGUGAAUUAUUCCCUGGUGUAGACAUAAAUUGCGAUGAGGUUGAUUUAGUUGUGAGAGUUCACAUAUUUAAUAACAAUUCAAUGUUGUUACCUUUUAUGGACUUAUAUAAUGAAAUAUUUUCCACAGAGUCUUAUUUAAAUUCAUCAGCUUCCUUUGAAAGUUUUUUUAACAACGAAACUUACUACGAUGUUACAUUCACCUUCGAGGACGAGAAAGAGAACAAUGACCCCAUCAGUGGUAAUUGUAUAGAUGAAGUAGUAAAGAAUGAAAAUUGUGUAGGCGAGUUAAAUAGCAAAUGUGUAACUGUGAGAUCAGCAAUGGACGGUAGAAAAGUUGGAAGAGGAAUUCGUACCAUAAAGGCACAUCGAAUAAUUCUAGUUCAACGUUCGGAAUAUUUUGCAAAAUUCCUUGGUGGCACUUGGAAAGAUGGUAGCAUGAAAGUAAUUCCCAUAAAACACAUCUCAUUUGAAACAUUUCGUAUUAUUCUUUACUAUCUUUACACUUUAAAACUUGAAGAUGGUUCGGAUUUUGAUACGCUCAAGGAUGUUUACAUAAAUGCCGAUAUGAUGAGACUGGAGCAACUCGCUCAAUUGGUAGCUGAUAAAAUAAUUCGUACAGUGGAUUACGAUAAUUGGGAUCAAGUGCUAGAGAUCGGUUGGAAGUCAAAUUGUUUUUCCAGCAAGGUACUUUUAAAGACCGCUGCCUAUGAUUUUAUUUAUAAGAAUUGGUUAAGCAUCAAGAAUAGUGAUCAAAUGAGCCUCCUGAUUAAAUCAGCUAGUAUAGAAUGCAUAGAGGAAUUAAUGGAGGCAAAAAUGUUUGGCCCUCUUAAAUAA